AUGUCUGGCUACAAGUUGUUCUACUUUCCAGUCCGCGGCGCAGGAGAAAAAUGUCGACUUGCAUUUGCGGCUGCAAAGAUUGAUUACGAGGAUAUUCGAUUGCCAGCCGAAGAAUGGCUAAAAGUGAAAGCGUGUAAGUAACGUAAACGUUCACCACAUUCCUUAAAAAGCGCGCGACGGUUAUCUGUCGAUUCUUUUUAAUUCUGUAAUCUUAAAUAGGUGUUUAAAACGGAAUGCGAUCAAAGCCGACGGCAAAUACGCAUACAUUCGCUUGAUUUUCAAAGAUUUUAAUGAUGCGCGGGUCGCGAAUGCUGGAUUGGUAACUGAUUGAACUAAAAUUGCUUAGUCACGCUGACAUGUACAAGUGCGCUCACUCUUUUUUAAUUGUUUCCGCCGACCACUAGUGGUUCGGAGCGGUUUCGACCACAAGUGGUUUCGUAGACUGCUACGAAAGAAAGUUGGUCUUUAAAUAAUAAGAGUUACAUGUUUAAAAUCGACGACCUCCUGUAAUCUACAUUUCUUAUAGCUUCUGUGGCGGGAAAGUUACUCGUUUUCCGGGAAGGAACCUGGCUUUGAAUGUAAAACAAGAAUCACUUCGUGAAUUUUACCGGGGCCACUUUUGUCUUGGCAACCCACGUGGAAGGGUCGUUUUCAUCAACAAGUUUGUCGGGCGACAUAAAAAUCUGUUUUUUUUUCAAAUAUUCUUUAGAGAUGAAAACAAGGUGUAAUGAAUAAUGUGAAAAGAGAAAAUGUUAGGGAAUCCCCCAUUUUGAAAAGUUGAGAGUUUUCGCAUGUCGCUAACGUAAAUAUUGCGUGACAAAGGUUAUGUGAAACAGUCUUUUUUGGUUUUUCAUUAGUUAAGGCGUCUAGAUCGCCUUGUAGCACGUUUUUUAAGAUGAUAUAAAGUUAGCUUUGAUAAGUGUUCGCAUUGAUUCUCGAUAAAGUUUAUGAUGGAAGGUUCACUCAAUGUAGAUAACUUUGAUAAGUCACUUAUUUUCUCGAUAAGUUUCACGAUGGAAGGUUCACUCUUAAGCGAUCGCUCGUAAAUUUGGCUCUCGAAAUAUUCACUGUCAAGUUUUCGCUCAUAAACUAGUACAUCGUAAAGGCUGGGGAACGUGUCGCUCCCGAAAAGCUAUAAUCUUUCUCUUGACUCUCCUCCAUACCUCGUGCUUUUCAAUUUCAAUGAACCACCGAUAUAUCGCAGCGAACACUCCCAAAAGUAACGAGCCAGCGAUAUAUCUUAGUAAGCGAUAUAUCCCUUGCAUUUUAUGACCGGUGCCAGCCUUCGGCUAGGCCCCGCUAAUAAUUUCAACUUACAAUUCAAAUAUUCUCCUGGUUUUUAAUACUUUAUCCGGUUGGUAUUGUAACUUUGAACCUUCUGAUUGUAUUCUUAUCGCAUGAACUGAAGGAUCAGAAUAUAACUCGGAAACGCCUAUCAAGUUCUCAAUAGGCCCUCCAAGAAAUUACACGGCGAUGAUCGAAUGGGGUCAAAAAUUAAAACUGAAACAAAUCCUUAGGGCUUCCAACAAAACAUAAAUACCCAAAUAUGACAAAGAAAAAUAGGUUCUUAUAUAAAAAAAACACUCCAGAUCUGAUGAUCAAAUUCUAGAUUUUGAUUGUGAAAAUUUUUGUAGUGUACUGCUUUUUAGUCUUACCAAUAAAAUAUUAUUCAUUCCAUAAAACUUUGCUGUAAAUAGCCAAACAUGUUUUGUUCUGUACAGCAUGGAAUUGAUUGGUAAACAAGGCAGGCAUACUGUAUUUUUCCAGUUGAAGUUUGCAUCGUGAUCAUACAACUGUAAAUAUGGUCAGGCCCAUGAUACAGGACUUGUUUCGACAACAAGGCUUGACAUUUUUGUAAAUGCUUUUCAAUUAUAGCAUAUUAGUACUAUUGCAGUUUCCCGAAUGCUAUCACUAUAAUAACUUUUGCAAAUAAGAACCUACUAAGAACCUAAUCAGCCUGUUUUUCUAUUUUUUUUUUGCUUUUUUUAAUACUCAUUUAUUUACAAAACACAUGUUACAGUUACAAAAUUUUAAAAUUAAAAGAAAGUAUAUAACAAUAUUACAGUUUGGACCAAAAAUACAUAAAAACGAAAAAGAAUAACACAGCAGUUCACACAAUAACAUUACACCUGUUAGUUAACAGAUUAUUCCAGUAAGUUGGAUUCUUACUAUCUAAUUGAAGGAGGAGGGUUUUCGAAAUCAUAUAAUCAUACCUCCAACUGAUUUUGGCCUUUAGCGGCUAUCCUAUAUAUCCCAAAACUGAAAAAAAUAAGGAAAUUCGAAUUUUAUUGGGCGCGGUCGGGCUGGUCGCAAAAUGUUCGUCAGAUUGUACUUGUAAGGGAAUUAACUUAUCAUGCGUUUUAUACUUGAGCCUCCUACAGGGAUAUUUGGGGCAAACCUAUCCCACGUUAUGACACUAAUACAUUGAUUGUAUUGUAUUGUAUCAUAUCGUAUCGUAUCGUAUCGCAUUGUACCCAUUAACCCCGCCUGGGAAGGAGCGUUGUGUAAUGGAAGCCAUCGUUUAUUGCGUCUUGCCGUCUUGCUGCAAACGUGAUACGUCGUGCUCCACCCUUGAAAAAGAAUAUUUUAAGAGACAGCUCACAAUCUGCAAUCUGGUAUCGAAUACAUGUUGAUAUGAUCAGCUUUGCAGUCGUUUUAGGACUUCUCGUUUUAUGUUCAGCGAAUUAAGCACCCAGGGCAGGAACUCACUAUAAUGGCCUAGACAGGGAGGCUCCGCCCGAAAGGGGUACCUUGUCAGGUUUCAGGUAUUUGAAAAAGUUGGGAAAUCUGUCAUUUCGGUCUGUAAAAGGACCUUAAGGUCUAACAGACGCAUUUUAUGGCUGUGAAAGAGACAAGAAAACUUCCUGGUUUAGUGACAUAUUCGCCUAUAAACAAAUGGUGCAUUUACAGCAGCUCGCAAAAGAUGCAGGGGUACCAUUUUCAAUUGAAAGGGAUGCCUUUUCUGUGAAAAAUAAUUAUGUAAGGAUGAGGUGUUGGACCUUGGGGUGCCUCCCCUUAUAAGACUUCAUUGAAUGUCCCCCCCCCCCUCCUCGCCUCCCCCGGGAUUUAGCACAACCAGGGCUGCCAUUGACCUCUCUUUAGAGUAAACCCCUACGUACUACUACUUUUCUUUUUCAGCUGGUAGACCACCUCUUGGUCAAAUGCCAUUCAUUGUGACUCCUGAAGGAAAAAUCCUGGCACAGUCUGGUACAAUUAUGAAGUACAUCUGCAAAAAAGGAGGUGAUGUAUUGAACGGAAUUUGUUAAUUAGCAUAUCGUUCCUACCGUAGCCUGCGAGCAAACUCUCCUUUUCGAGUCGCGAGAGACCGCGUGAGCGAGCGGCCCACCCCCCGCGCGCGUCUUCUUUCGCGUGCGGUUCUCGCGUGAUUUUUCGCGACUUCCCCAAAAGGAGAGCUGGCUCAGCGGCUACUCCUGGCCCCGGUUGUUCAAACGUUGGAUAGCGCUAUCCAGCGGAUAAGUAUUGGGGAAACUAAUUGCACUAUUCACUGGAUUAUCCGAUGGAUAGCACUCUCCAGCCUUUGAACAACCGAAGCCUGCUCAUUAGCCUCCCACGCAGACGUUUUUUGGAGCUUCGUUGCGCGUUCUUUUCCCAAACGGAAAGCGAGGCCAUAAGAGCUUCUGCGUAGGAGGCUACCUGUCGAUAUAGUUUAUAAAAGUUUAUUUUCAAGUUUUUUCUCCCCAUUCGAUUCAUUCAUUCGUUCAUCCAUGCAUCCAUGCAUGCAUCAAACUGUCCGUUCGUUCGUUCGUUCUUUCAUCAUUCUUCCAUUCUCUCUUUUCUUUCUUUAUUUCUUUUUCUCUUUUCUUUUCUUUUCUUUUUUUCUCUUAUUCCUUGUCUCCGUGUCUUUUUUUCUCCUUUUCAUUCUCUCCUUCCUACAAUUCCUUCUUUUCCUUUCUUUCUUUCUUUGUUUCUUUCUUUUUUCCUUCUUACUUUUUAUUAGUUAAGAAGGCGUAUGCUGGAUUAGCUUUAAUUUUUAUUUAUGGUCAUUAGGUUUGUGCCCAGCUGACAGUUUUGAUGAAGCGACAGCUGAUAUGAUAAGUGAUGGAGUCGUCGAUUUAAUUCAGCAAUUGAUCAAGAUAUACUAUGAGAAAGACGAAACGAAGAAGGUAAUGCGAAAGUUACUGUCUGUUUCAGUAUCGCACAUACAGAGCCUGUCAGGCUUUACUCCUGAGAUUGCAAAUCAGUCGGUCUUUUUCUUUUCAUUGUUUUUGCAAAGCGCUUCGCGCGAUAUUAGGGAGUUUGAGCAACGACGUUUUUGAGCGACGCACGUCAAUCGGAAGUGACCUUUUUCCAAUGUUGGGUCGUGAUUUUUAACAAAGUUUCUAGCAGAUCGUCUCUAUCAGAAUAAAGACACUGAGCAAUACAAAUUAGGUAGCAUCGAGGCAUAUUAAAAGGGAAAAGGACUUACUUCCGGUGAAGUAAGUUGCUUAAACUCUCUAUUUUCGAGCGACGCACGUGGACCUUGCACGCUCCCAGGGCGUGUGUGGCGAGACUGUCCCCAGUCUCACUCUACGUUUUCACCCUCACUCAAGGCCUUUCCUUUGACCGCUCGUGCGCGCGCGUUCUUAACCUAGGCAGAAAUAGGGGUUGUUUUGCAGUCUAGAUUUACUCAAGACGCCAGUUCCGACUCUCAGCGCCAGACAAUGCUUAACUUGCUGAGGUGAGAAUUGAACAAGGUCUUAAGGGUUUUUUCGGGAUCCGGGAUUGACCAACAUACGGUGCGGGAUUCGGGAAAACGCAAAAUAUCUUGACGGGAAACAGGAUUUUACAGCUACCCUGGAAGCGGGAUUCGCCAAAAUUUAAGCACGGAAUGCGGGAUGUUUUUGCCUGUAUGUUGUAAAUUCCUGAAAUCAUACGUUUGAGCUGCAAAUGCGAAUCAACCGGGCCUGUGCGUUUUGAGUAUUGUCACCUUUCAAACCAAACUAUAAAGUGUGCCUUGUUUGUUUGUUUUGAAUUCGGGAAAGCGAUAUGGAAAAAGAAUAGCGGGAUGCGGGAUUUUCUUUAAAAACGAGCGUUUGUGUGGGAUCAGGACCGCCUUUUGUACCGUGAUUGACGAAUUGAUUGACGUAAAAUACUUGUCUAAAACAACAUGUUUCACAUGAUUGCAUUAGCGUGGCCUGAAAAAGUAUAACGAAGGCAUAUAAAUUGAAGCCAGGACAGUGUGAGGUAUACUUACUACUUCGUUAGUUGGUUCUGUUCUAAGGAAACGCUUUAAAGUUGUUUUCAAGUAGUCAUUCUAAGAAAAAAGUCCGCGCUUUUCGAAGUAUUGGCAAUAAUUUUUUCCCAACUGUAAAAACCGCCUUGUGGCGUUGUUCAACCCCUUACCCGCGUUUAACCAGCUUUGACGGAAAAGGUACCCCUUUCGUAUACCUUAUAUUGAAAAAUCGUACCCCUUUAACAUACCUAGUUAAAACCUUUGCAUCCCUUUUAACUGCUGUAAAGGCACUGCUAAAUCACAAAACCAAAACGUUUUCUCGUUUUUUUUUUACAGCCAUAAAUUUCAUCUGUUUGCCCUUUUGGACCUUUUUACUUCCAAAAAUGACAUUCGUCUCUACCCUUCCGUAUGCUUCAACUAAUGAAAUCCCUCCUCUUUCAUAAACCUGAAGCCUGAGAAAAGCACCCCUUUCGGGCGGAGCAGGUCAUUAUAGGGAGUUUCCCCCCUGUCCUUAAGUGGAGUCUUCCCAUUGCCAGUUCAUCCGUAUACAGGGAGCUUCGACAUGUACUUCUCAGUUUUGUUCCGUGUACAAUCCCGUGGGUUUAAUGAACUUUUUCCCGUUUCCCAGAAUUUAGUUUCAUUGAUGACCUACUUAUUGUUUUCCUUAAAUGAAGGAAGAGCUGAAAAAAGAGUUCUAUGGAACGACGCUUCCUCCCCGACUCGAGAAAUUUGAAGCUCUUCUCAAAAACAGGGAUGAAGGCAAGGGCUUCUUUCUGGGCGAAAAGGUGAGAUACAGUAAUGCGCAAAUUAAGCAUAGCAAGGGGAUUAGGCCUGCUUAGAACACUAACGAGUAUAGAGCGUUUUCACUCACGUGGCCAGCAAAACAAAAGAAAGGUUUUACAUAAGAAAAGAGUUCAACUUCCACAGGACUGGUUUGGAACUCCAGAAACGAUCUAUAGUAAUUAAGUCAUAAAUAAAACGAUGAUAGCCUUCAAAUUCAGCCAUCUGUCAUCGUUCUUGCCACUAGGGAUGUCCCAAGCGGUGAUCGAGAAGCGAGAAGAGACGCCUUCAUCUGCAGGCUAAAACGAUGACCGCUCCCUGAGCCUUCACCCCGUCCCAAAGAAAGUCUUCUCAAAAAAUUUUAAAAUAUAGCAACGUCGGCACAUUUUGCAUGAUACUGAGCACCAUGACCUCUUAGCGUGACGUCUUCCCUUCUGUUACUGUGUAAAUUUGGUGCGCGUCAGAGGUUUGAUCAGCGAUUUUUUUAAAUGGGGAGUGCUAUGACAGUGACGACAACAAAAACGUCAAAAAACUAAUAGGUUCAGUGAAUAGUCACGGAAACAACUCUGCUAAGACGCGUCUUAUUUUAAAACAGCCCUUAACACCUGUUCUUAGAAAAACGUCGUAUAAAUGACCUUCGCGUCUUAAAUAAGACGCAAACGCAUAGUACGUAUGCGUUAAUUUUUGGCGGGAAAAUUUUCGCUUGUCCCAGGGCGGACUGGCAGGCUACUGGCAGGGAAAAAGUAUUACAUAUUUCAACGCGUUUUCGUUUCCUUGGGUUGCCAUCUAUUCUAAGCCUUUUAAGCUUUAUCCGUUUCUAAAUUCGUUCAUGUAUAAUGAGCACGCUGACGAAGGCAAAACGAAACACGUGGUACACCGCUGAAGAAAAGGAUUUUUUGUUGUUAUGCAAGGAGAGAGCAAUAGCAGAUCUCGAGGACAAAUGUUGGAUUGCCGUUGCUACGGGCAACAUUCACAUGAAAACGAGUCAAGAACAGAAAUAAGACGCGAACCAUAUUUAUACGAGCUGUUUUCGUCUUAGAUAAGACCUGCUCGUAUAAAUGGUACAGUUCGCGUCUUAUGUAAGACACGUCUUAUUUUGCCUCGUAUAAAUGGCCCUAGUAUGUGCGUUUACACUGGACACUUUUUAUUUACCGUGGUAAAUGACCCUUUUAUCGUGGGAAAUUGCCUCGGUGCGUGUGACCGGACUUUCCCGAGAUAAAUUUACCGUGGGAAAUAUCCAUGGUUAGGUCAAAAAUGGCAAAGAAACCGCUUAUAACAUUAAACUUGGUAAAAAGCAAGGGUUUUUCGAUACCCAGGGCAAAACAGCAAAUCAGAAUUCUUCAACAUGAAACCCCCCAAAAUUGCUUUUUUUAAACGGGUUUCUUUCGCACUGUUGAGAGAAAGAUCGAUGGUGACAUGGCAGAUUUCACGUUAAGAUGAAAGAGGCAAAAUUUUGAACUGGUUUGUUGGGAUAGAUUUAGAAAUGAUAUUUCCCCAAAAUAUGUACUAUUCCUGGUAUGGAACCGUUGGAUGCAGCUGAAUUGUAAAAUCGAACUAUAUAGCUUCGCUAAAUUAUCAUAAAUAACAUACCAGUUGAAAUUUCAGCUAUAAAAUUAUAGGUAAAUUUUCAACAUAACAUAAAAUACUGCCAUUGUUCGACGGCGGUUAUUACCGUAAUUGCGCUAAUGAAGCCGUAAACUGAAAGCGGCUUAAUUACCUUAAUGGGAACUAAACUAAACCCACGUUAAAUUUUUCACGGCUUCGUUAACGUGGGAAAUGCCUUUUACCAUGGUUUGUGUAACCGCAUCUAUUACCUGAGGCUUGCAGCACACACUCAGAAGAAAGGUUACCCCAAUCCUACGCUCCUAGCGUAACUGCGAUUUUUUUCUGUUUCUUAUCUGCAGCUGAGCUAUGCCGACAUCACUUUCUUUGACUUCUUUAACAGCUUCCAUGCGAAGGGUAAAGAGGAUGUUCCUGGGGAACUUGAGAAGUUCCCGCUCUUGGUGGAGCAUUAUAAGCGGGUGUUAAACGUGCCCGAAAUAAAUGAGUGGGUAAAGAAACGCCCUGUAACCGAAUUCUAA